AUGGAUUCAAGAGUAUUAAAAGAUCUUUUAAACAAUCCUAAUAGUAUUCCAACGUAUCUAAAGCAAUUGUGGAGUAAAGAAAAUGGAACACCUCAAUUCUAUAUUAACGUGUUGGAACAGUGCUAUCAGAUUAUCAUUGGAUCCACUGAUCUUACAAACGUUGAACCAUUCUUUAAGAAUCUAAAAGAUCAAGGAUUGUUACAGUUUGGUACAUGCGAUGUCACUUGGAACUUUGGUGACACUGCCUAUAAAUGUAAAACAUGUCAAUUGGACCCUACAACUGCAAUGUGUAUUGCAUGUUUCAAUGCUGGUGAUCAUAAAGGACAUGACUAUGCUUUACAAAGUGUUGCUGGUGGUUUUUGUGAUUGUGGAGAUCCAUCUUCAUUUAAUAUUAAUGGCAAACACAGAGGUUGGCUCACAGACAGCGAUGUUGCCACCAUCGCCAUUCUCGCCGUCGCUUCUUGA